ACCCAAGACAACAUAAUCUCUUCAAACACGCACAAGAAAUGAACCAUGAUGGUUAUACACGAAUGUUCACUUUCUAUGAAACUGGGCUUAAUCGAUUAAAUAAACUUCUACAAGAAGAAGUAUAUAAAACUAGUAAAGCAACUAAAAAAAGACGAGCUAAAAAUCUUAUUAGUACCUCAGCCAAAGAAUAUGAAUUGCCGAUAAAAAAUGACACAUAA